AUGACCAUCACCUAUACAAACCAAGUAGCCAAUGCCCGUCUGGGCUCCUUCUGGCGCCUGCUGCUGUGCUGGAGGGGCAGCAUCUACAAGCUGCUCUAUGGCGAGUUCCUCAUCUUUCUGUUCUGCUACUAUGCCAUCCGCUUCAUCUACAGGCUGGCUCUCACCCAGGACCAGCAGCUCCUGUUUGAGAAGCUGGCUCUGCAUUGUGACAGCUACAUUCAGCUCAUCCCCAUUUCCUUCGUGUUGGGUUUUUACGUGGCGCUGGUGGUGACCCGCUGGUGGAACCAGUAUGAGAACGUGCCGUGGCUCGAUCGCCUCAUGAGCCAGGUGUCGGGCUUCGUGGAGGGCAAGGACGAGCAGGGCCGGCUGCUGCGGCGCACACUCAUCCGCUACGCCAACCUGGGCAGCGCGCUCAUCCUGCGCAGCGUCAGCACCGCCGUCUACAAGCGCUUCCCCAGCCUCCAGCACCUGGUGCACGCAGGCUUUAUGACCCAUGCAGAAUACAAGCAGUUGGAGAAGUUGAGCCUGUCACACAACAUGUUCUGGGUGCCCUGGGUGUGGUUUGCCAACCUGUCCAUGAAGGCCUGGCUUGGAGGUCGAAUCCGGGACCCCAUUCUGCUCCAGAGCCUGCUGAACGAGAUGAGCACCUUGAGAACUCAGUGUGGACACCUGUAUGCCUAUGACUGGAUCAGUGUCCCACUAGUGUACACGCAGGUGGUGACAGUGGCAGUGUACAGCUUUUUCCUGGCUUGUCUAGUGGGGCGGCAAUUUCUGAACCCAGCCAAGGCCUACCCAGGCCAUGAGAUGGACCUCAUUGUGCCUCUGUACACAUUCCUGCAGUUCUUCUUCUACAUGGGCUGGCUGAAGGUGGCAGAGCAGCUCAUCAACCCCUUUGGAGAGGAUGAUGAUGAUUUUGAGACCAACUGGAUCAUUGACAGGAACUUGCAGGUGUCCUUGUUGUCUGUGGAUGAAAUGCACCAGGACUUGCCUCCUUUGGAACGGGACAUGUACUGGAAUGAGAUGGAACCUCAUCCCCCCUACACGGCUGCCUCUGCUCAGUCACGCCAACCUUCCUUUUUGGGUUCUACCUUCAAUAUCAGCCUGCCGAAAGAAGAGAUGGAGUUUCAGCCAAACCAGGAGGACACGCACAAUGACAUCAUUGGCUGCUUCCUAGGGCUGCAGUCCCAUGACCACUGUCUUCCCAGGACAGACUCCAAGAGCAAGCUACUAAGGUCCAGGAAGGAAUCGUACCUGGAGGGCCGGCCCACCAAUGCCAAGCAACAUCCGAGGGGACAAGAAGACAGCAAAGCUUGGAGACUUAAGGGGGUGGAUGCGCUCAAAGCGGCCUCAUUCUAUGAGAGGCCAGGCUACCACAGUGCCCCUCAGACACCCCUCAGCCACACCCCCAUUGUCUUUCCCCCAGAGCCAUCAGUACCCUUGAGGCUUCACAGUAUGGCAGGCACAGACACAGAAGACCAAAGCCUUUUAAAUCCUGUGACUUCUGAGGCCAAGGAAAGUUUUGAAUUGCUCCCAGAUGAUGAGACUUUGAUGGCGCACCAAGGUCACAUGAGGAAAAAAACUGUGGAGUUUAAUCUAAACCAUAUGCCAGAGAUCCCCAAGAAUUACCUCAGAGACCCUUUUCUGGAGCAAUCACCAAGAAAUCGACACACUAUACUCAAAGAUCACACAGAUCCCUUCUCAGCCUUGGAGAACAGGUAUGUCCUCCCAAAGCAGAAUGGCCUGGGACUCUAUGCACUGUACCCAAGGGUCUAA